AUGGGCGCGCCCGUCCGUUCCCCGCCCGCCCCCCCGCUGCCGCCGCCGCUGCCGCUCCCCGCCCUCACCUGCGGUGCCGGCCGCUCCCGGAGCCUCCAUGGGCCGGGACCGGCACCCAAAAAGAAAGUCGGAAAAAAAGGGAAGGGGAGCAAAGCUCCAGCAGUGGUGGAUGCCUUGUCCCCGAAGGAGAUGAGCAAGGAGCAGCUGGAGAAGCACGUUGUGCGUCUCCGGGAGGAGCUGGACCGGGAACGGGAAGAGCGCAACUAUUUCCAGCUAGAGCGUGACAAGAUUCACACCUUCUGGGAGAUCACCCGCCGGCAGCUGGAGGAGAAGAGAGCAGAGCUGCGGAACAAGGACCGGGAGAUGGAGGAGGCGGAGGAGCGGCAUCAAGUGGAGAUCAAGGUUUACAAGCAGAAGGUGAAGCACUUGUUGUACGAACACCAGGAAAACCUCACCGAGCUGAAGGCAGAGGGCACCCUGUCCGUGAAGCGGGCCCAGAAGGAUCACUGGGCCCAGGAGAUGGAGCUGCGUAAAGACAUGCGCUCCUUGAAAGUGGAACUGAAGGAGCAGGAGCUGGCCAACGAGGUGGUGGUGAAAAACAUGCGCCUGGUACGUCCCGGGCCGGGCCGGAGCUGUGUGCGAGUCAUCCUGCUGCUGCUGCUGCUUUUCGUGAGGAGGAGGAAGGUGACGAAGGAGCCGCUGCUGCUGCCUGAGGACGACACGCGGGACAACAUCUUUUACUACGGGGAGGAGGGCGGCGGGGAGGAGGACCAGGACUACGACCUGCGGCAGCUGCACCGGGGCCUGGACGCCCGCCCAGAGGUGCUGCUCCGCAACGACGUGGCCCCCACCCUCCUGCCGGCCCCCCAGUACCGGCCCCGGCCCGCCAACCCCGACGACAUCGGCACCUUCAUCGAGGAGAACCUGAAGGCGGCCGACACGGACCCCACGGCCCCCCCUUACGACUCCCUGCUGGUGUUCGACUACGAGGGCAGCGGCUCGGAGGCCACCUCGCUCAGCUCCCUCAACUCCUCCGCCUCCGACCGCGACCAGGACUACGACUACCUCAACGACUGGGGCAGCCGCUUCAAGAAGCUGGCGGACCUCUACGGCGGUGGGGAGGAGGACGACUAGGACCCCCCCUCGGCCCCGCUGCCCCCCAUGCCCUGCGCCUUACCGCUGCCUGUGCCUUGGGGCUGCCCCCUCCUGCCGUGCCCCCCGCCUCGGCGGCAGCCCCCUCGCCUUCCUGUCCUGUGUUUUUCU